GCAAACAUUAACAAGCUGUUCUCCAUAAAAUUGUUUUUGGGAACUGAGACCUGGGAAUCAUUUUGAGUAUUCUACAUAUAUUACCCUCUCAAAUUUCGAUUUUUUUGUCUGAACCAAAGAGGCAAGAGCUAUUCAAGUAUUCAACCCAUUUAAAAUCCUCGUCAAUUGAAAUUCAAAGCUGUGUUAUUUCUGGUGGUGGGAGAGUAACCCAUUCUCCGCCGCAGAAAUCCCACCCACUCCCAUCUCUCUCCUUCUGUUCCAGUCAAUACUGAAUCUUACUUCAACCUUUUAAUAAAUUUCAAGGGCCAGAGAGAGCAAGAGAGAGAUAGAGGUGGUUCGCAAUGGGGAUGGGGAAACAAUCCGAGAAGUUUUCUGCGGAUUUUGUAAUGGGAGGAAUGGCUGCAUUGGUAGCAAAGAGCGCCGCUGCACCUAUUGAAAGAGUAAAGCUUUUGUUGCAGAAUCAAGGGGAGAUGAUGAAGAGAGGACAGCUUAAGAAACCUUAUAAGGGUGUUGGUGAUGGAUUUAAAAGGGUUUUAAGAGAGGAAGGCGUGUUGGCCUUUUGGAGAGGCAACCAGGCCAAUGUUAUUCGAUAUUUUCCUACUCAGGCUUUCAACUUUGCAUUUAAAGGUUACUUCAAAAGCAUUUUUGGCCGCUCAAAAGAGAAAGAUGGAUACAUAAAGUGGUUUGCUGGAAAUGUGGCUUCAGGAAGCGCUGCUGGAGCAACAACUUCAUUAUUUCUAUAUCAUCUGGAUUAUGCACGUACACGGCUAGGCACUGAUGCAAGGCAGGGUGGAGUUAAUGGACGACAACAAUUCAGAGGGCUUCUAGAUGUUUACCGUAAAACCUUGUCAAGUGAUGGAUUAGUGGGUCUCUAUCGAGGUUUUGGGGUUUCCAUUAUUGGAAUUACGCUGUACCGAGGCAUGUACUUUGGGAUUUAUGACACCUUGAAGCCUAUUGUUUUGGUUGGACCUUUAGAGGGAAAUUUUUUGGCUAGUUUCUUUCUUGGUUGGAGUGUCACAACAGUCUCCGGGAUCUGUGCCUAUCCAUUUGAUACUCUUCGGAGGAGAAUGAUGUUAACCUCAGGACACGCCACAAAGUAUCGCAAUGGCGUACAUGCAUUUCGGGAGAUUGUUUACCUUGAGGGUUUCACAGCACUGUUCCGAGGAGUUACUGCAAAUAUGCUUGUAGGAGUUGCUGGGGCUGGUGUACUUGCAGGAUAUGAUCAGCUGCAACGACUUGCAUAUAAACAUGGUUAUUCUGUUGAGCCAAAUCAAAGAGUUGCGAAGUGAAAGUUUGGACAUGGCAUAUACAGUUAUUUUUUGGAGCCACGACAAAGAUUUUUGAAGUGAGAGUGUAGACAUGGCAUACAGACAGUUAAUUUAUCGAGGCACCGCAGAGUUUUGAAGGUCAUGAGAUCUGUAUACAGUAUACCAGUGUUACCUCUUCUGUUGAUUCAUACUUCAAAAGAUUUUUCUUUUUUCAGAACAAAUGAAGAAAGGGAAAGACGAAAAUAAUUAAAUCCGCGACUAAGAAAGGGUUGUUCACCAAUUGGCACUGCUUCUUCCUGGAAUGUCUAAAGGCUUACAUGUAUAUUCUUUGUACAGUUGACCGAGUAUAUUCAAUUAUUCAAGUGUUUCAUAUGCGAAUUAUAAUUUCACUGCUGAUUUAUAGUCCUCA